GAUCAUGGAUUCUACAACGUUUAUACAUCAGAAAGUGCACGAUCAAAGUUUAAUAAAACAAGUGCUAGAGAUCAGGUCCUUGAAGAAGUGAAGAGAUUGGUAGAGGAAUAUAAGAAUGAAGAGGUGAGCAUAACUGUGACUGGGCAUAGCCUAGGUGCAUCCCUUGCGACUCUGAAUGCAGUUGACAUAGCUUACAAUAAAAUAAACAAGUCAAGUAAUGGGAAGGAAUUUCCAGUGACAGCUUUUGUAUUUGCAAGUCCUAAAGUUGGAGAUCUCAAUUUUGUUAACGCAUUUAACAAAUUGAAACACCUUCACAUCAUGAGAAUUCAUAACAUAUUGGAUAUUGUUCCAAAAUACCCACCUAUUGGCUAUCUCGACGUUGGGCAGGAAAUAAUAAUCGACACCACAAAAUCCCCUUAUUUAAAUCUCCCUGGAGAUAUCCUCACAUGGCAUAAUUUGGAGUGUUACAUGCAUGGAGUUGCGGGAACUCAAGGUAUAGGACUUUUAACAGGUUUUAAACUAGAGGUGGAUCGUGAUAUCGCGCUUGUUAACAAAUCUUCAGGUGCAUUGAAAAGUGAGUAUCUUGUCCCAGCAAAUUGGUGGACUGUGAAGAACAAAGGAAUGGUUCAACAAGAAGAUGGAAAAUGGGUUCUCAAUGAUCGAGAGGAGUAUGACAUAGUUGUGGCUGAGGUUUAAUUUAAUUUGGAGUUUAAUGUACUUGCUAUUUUAAUUUUAUUUCUUUAAUUCCAUGUAAUGUUUGAAUAAAGGUUAUUACAAACACAUCAUAUGCAAAAAUACAUAUGAGUGUGUUGUAAUUAAGUUGUACUUUCUGCACCUUAAGUUAAACUUGUUUUGUUAAUUUUGUA